UAAAUCAUAAUAAUAAGUGGUUGAUUUGAUUACUUCAGAGCUUUGUUAUGAUGAGUAAAGAAUGGCGGACGUUGUCAUUGUAGCAUAUUUAUACACAUUUUUAUUUAUAAGUGCUGGUUAUGCAGGCCUCACAGGUUUGGACAAUUUUGAGGAUGAUGGCCUUACAAACAUACAAAACCAAGCAGACAAUCUCCUGCUUGAUGACACACUCGAUAAAAAGAUGGUGCACCACCCAAGGAGAAGAAAGUUUCAGAAGAGGUAUAAAUGCCAUCAAUGUGAAUCACCAGACUGUGAUGAUUCCACACAACAAAUAUGUGGGUCUGCACUUUAUUGCUUCAAGUCGACUGUCAGAGCAUCUGAUGGUGAACUUCGAUAUAGUAGAGGCUGUUCUACAAGACGAGAUCACUAUCAAUUCACCUGUCAUACUAAUCAACAUUCGCAAGGGCCUCGCAAACGUCACGCUGGCCAGCUAAACAUUACCUGUUGCCAAGGUGAUAUGUGCAAUAAUGGUAGCUUUCCUGAACUGUCACCUGCUGACACCGCAAUAGAACCGCUAACUACAAAUGUUUGGAAACUAUGGGUCAGCGUGUUGGCUUCUGUGGUCAUUAUCAGUGUUAUAGCCAUUAUGGCUAUACUUGUAUUAAGGAGGACACACAGAUUGAGAGUGCUUCAAGCAGCCCAGAAGUUAGGAAAAGAUUUUAAUUACUUUUCAAACAACACCUACAAUAUGCCGGUUACCAGUGCAUUUUACGAAGGUAUGGAGGGUUCCACCAAUGCAGUAAGAGCAGUAGCAGCUGGUGAUUCCACACUACGGGAAUACCUGGAGACUUCCAUGAGCAGUGGGUCAGGCUCCGGUCUGCCCUUGAUGGUGCAGAGGACCCUAGCCAAGCAAGUAACGUUAAUAGAAAGGAUAGGAAAGGGUCGUUAUGGCGAAGUAUGGCGUGGCUCGUGGUACGCAGAUAGUGUGGCUGUUAAGAUCUUUUUCUCCCGGGAUGAGGCCAGCUGGAGGAGAGAGACUGAGAUAUAUAGCACUGUCCUGCUUCGACAUGACAAUAUAUUGGCUUAUGUUGGAAGUGAUAUGACUAGCCGGAAUAGUUGCACGCAGCUCUGGUUGAUAACUCACUUCCAUCCAUUGGGUUCACUAUAUGAGCACUUGAGUCGGACAACUUUAACCCGACAUCAGAUGAUGGUCAUCUGUUUGUCUAUUGUUAAUGGCUUACUGCACCUACAUACAGAUAUACAUGGCACACAGGGCAAACCGGCGAUUGCUCACCGCGAUAUAAAAUCGAAGAAUAUCUUAGUUAAAGUUAAUGGGGAGUGUUGUAUCGCUGAUCUAGGGUUGGCAGUCACCAGGCAUCAUGUCUCCGCAGGGUUGAUGCACAAUCCACGCCAAGGCACUAAGAGAUAUAUGAGCCCUGAGAUGCUGGAUCAAUCUAUGAACCUCCAAAGCUUCGAUUGCUACCGCAAAUGCGAUAUAUACGCGUUUGGCUUGGUCCUUUGGGAGGUGGUGAGGCGGGUUUGUCCAGCUGCAGAGCAUCGGCCGCCAUUUUACGAACUGGUGGGACACGAUCCCAGUUUCGAGGAUAUGAGGAAGAUUGUAUGUGUGGAAGGUGCGAGGCCUGAACCUCCUGUAGAUAGUCAUCCGACAAUGAUCGGUAUGGCGGCCAUAAUGAGGGAAUGCUGGCAUCAGAAUGCAUCGGUUCGACUCCCGGCGUUAAGAAUAAAGAAGACACUACUAAAAUUAGCGGCGAAUGACAACGCGAUACAUUUGGACGAAGAUAAUGAGGUAUCUGUGUAAGAAUUAAAAUUGGCUUUAUUAUGUAAAUUUUCUCAAUAAAGAAAUGGUCUUUAAAUUGAAAGCAUGUUAAACUUUGGUUUUGCUCACUAGAUGGCAUUACUGUUCAGUUAUCCUUAAAAGGUUAGUCUGGGUCUUACUAAGGAAAUGUCAAUUGUCAAGCCCAUGAUAUUCGAGUGACUUACCCUAAUAUUAUUUUGACGUUUAAUUUUUUUUAAUCUUGAAAACGACGGUGGUGCCAUCUGUUUUUCUGAAUCAAAAGUAAAUUUUAUAAGUGCGACGAAAGUGAAAUGUACGUUUUUUGACCAUAAAGGGCCUGUCAAAGACUUUAGUUUUAAGUGACUGAGAAGGGAAUACAAAUUAAACUAAUAAUAAGCCGCCUUCAUAGCUCAUAUAUUUAAGUCAAAAAACCUAUCUCUUAUCAAGAUACUUAAUCUGGUUUUGAAUAUUGUCAAAUUGUCUUAUGCAAAUUGAAUAAAGAAACUCCUUUUUACUGAAGAUUUAUUUUAAUGUUGUUCAUCUGAAAUCAUAACAAUUUCUUUUAACUAUUACAAAAUUACCUACUUAAAAUAAAUAUUUGAUUAAGAAACAGCGUUCAAAAAUAAUCUAUCUAUAAAGUCUACCUAAUGCAAAUUUACUUCGAAUUUAACUUAGUUACCCUUACAUAAAAAAAAUUGGUUGCCUGUAAAGUCGGUAUACGGGCGAAAGUUUUACGUGACAACGACUUUGAGUGGUAAAACAGGCGCCUAAGCGAAAUAGAAGCGCAAGACAUGAACCGGUGUGUAUGCCUAUCUCUCUCACUCUCUUUCUCUCGCUCUGUCUCUCUCGCUCUUAGGCGGGCUAACUGUGCUCGAGUGGAAGGGACGCGUGCCUUUCACUUUUUAUGUCUGUCUCUCUCGCUCUUAGGCGGGCUAACUGUGCUCGAGUGGAAGGGACGCGUGCCUUUUACUUUUUAUGUCUGUCUCUCUCGCUCUUAGGCGGGCUAACUGUGCACGAGUGGAAGGGACGCGUGCCUUUUACUUUUUAUGUCUGUCUCUCUCGCUCUUAGGCGGGCUAACCAUGCCCGAGUGGAAGGGACGCGUGCCUCUCACUCGCUCUCAUUGUGAGCGCAUAACGUGAGCGGAGCGUAACGCAGUUUCUUGAAGUGUCACCCGGCAAACCAAUUUAUAAGACGCUGUCACGUCAAAAAUACUUUAAUUUUUGGUAUGUGGACUCUGAUUCCGCACGUAGACGCUCGAUAGGUCCGUUCGUAAAAAAUGUGUACGUUGUACGUUUAACUUUAUUUAUACCGCCGAAAAUGAAAUAGGGAUGACGAAUUUUGUAUGCGAUGCAGUAACGUAAUACACAUAACGUAAAUGAUGUGGUUUCAAAUACUAUUUAUUACUAAUAACAAAUACAAAUUCAACAUGAAUAUUUAAUAUUUUUGUAGCUGGGUUUAAAACGAAGUCGGGAUCGCCUUUACUAUUGAGAUGUUUUUGUUGUUUUUAUUUUAUUAAUUAAAAAUUAACUAAGAGUACAAAAACACCAAAAAAUCACUAAGGGUGCCUGAACUGUUACACCAUAGUACAAAUUCUUUUUUUCCUUUUUUACUAAAGAGUUUAGAGAAAAAUAAAUAAAAAAUCUCAAUUCAAUACAAUAACAACAUGAAUCAGAGACUUAAACUUUUACCCUUUAAAUAAAAUAGAUGGCGCUGUAAUUUUUUUUAGAUGAUUUAAUUUUUAAACUCAUUUGUGUAAAUUAAAAACACUUGUAAACUGCAAAGUUUAACCAAAAUAACUCAAAUCUAUUUACAUCACAGUAAACACAGUUUGACAAAGAAGAAUCUCCUAGUUACAGGAGGAUAAACCUGAUUUAGUUUGUAUAAUGGUUUUAAUUAAGAGAUGGGUUUAAAACGGCCAUUCAUUAGAUAAUAAAUCAAAGUGCCGAGUAGUAUUUAAAAUUCAUUACAUAUGUAAAUACACAUUGUAUAGUGUAACAUUUUGUAAUAUAACAUUUUAAUAGCUGAUCCUACAGAAUAUCUAUUAAAAGGGGAGUUUAUUUUCAUUUAUAAUUAAAAUCUUCCAAAAUAUUUAUGUCUGGAUUCCUGAAUAUUAUUCCUGUGGGAUCAGUUAUUCUCGGAUAUUCCAAUUCGGAAUACUUAAUUGUAUAGUUGGUGCGUAUUUUUUCAAUCGUAUACGUAAUAUUGUAUACGCAGACUUUAUAUCAUGCAACACACAAAAAAUAUUCGAAGACCUGAUUCGAACCCAGACUACAGUGUUUCACAUGUAACUUCAAGAAUCUUACGAUUGAAAAAUAGCACAUAGUAUAGUUUGUAAAUUGUAAUAUACUACGUAAAUCUCAUCGCAGCCUUAUAUAAGGUGCUAAAACAUGUACUUUAAUGUAAACAAGUGUUAUUUAAUGAAUCUCGUGCACCUUCAGUAAACUCGCAAAAAUUUAUUUCCCUUCUAGAUUUACAAUUUAAUGAAGAAAAUUUUGAAAUAACAUCAAACUAAAUGCAAAAGUAAAUAUAGAAUUUCUGAAGGUGCAAUUUGCUAACCACUUGUUAAAUUAGCACUAAAAUUUGUUAGUUUUAAUUGUUAAAAGUGUAUCUUAAUAUGCAUUUAGUUUAAGCUAGUAGUAAGAAUUAAAAAUCUCUCUGAAAACCAAUUCCAAAAUUGAAAUCAAUAAAAAACAUUUGAACUUUAAAAUGUGACUAAAUUCAAUAGUUAAUGUAUUCUUUUUUUAUAUUGAAAUUCGUUUUCAAAGAAAGUUUAUCGGAUUGAUUCAAAUUAUGAUGCCAUAUAUUCGUAUAAUCUGUGCUCUUGUCAUUGUCAGUUGUCAAAAUCUUUGACUGCUGACAUUUAUAAAUAUAUGGUCUAUAGAGAAUUUGGUAUCUAGCACUUAACUACAUAUUAUGUUCCUUUUAUGAACCAAAAUAAUUGCUAAAGAUGAAAUUAUGCAUUUUUGACUCUGCCAUAUUAGAUCAAUGAAAAAUGGAGUUCUCCGCCAUAGACAAUAAUAAACCAUAGAUGAUAAAUUGAUCUUAUUAAA